AUGGUCGCCGGUCUGCCGGGCAUCGCUUCCAAUAUCACCUAUCUCUCACAAUGUACACCCGCCCUUUGCGACAUGAAGUAUGCCUCCGUUAGGUAUGUUCCCAAUCUAUAUUGGAAUGAAGCAUACCUUGCCAUAUUUGCCGUCUUCCUCGUCGCCCAAGUAAUUAUGGUCUUUUUCUACCGCACAUGGAGUUACACAUUUGCCAUGUUCUGUGGUCUUCUCAUGGAAUGUGUGGGAUACUUUGGCCGUCUUGGGAUGCACCACAAGGUUUUCGAAACCACUCCAUUCUUGGUAAACAUCAUCGGCCUAACCAUCGCACCUGUCUUCUUUACCGCUGCCAUGUAUCUUACACUCUCCCGUAUCAUCAUCCACUACGGAGUACACAACUCAUUCCUCUCACCGGGGUGGUAUACUGGGAUUUUCAUGAGUGCUGACGUUAUUUCUCUGAUUCUCCAGUCUAUUGGAGGUGGUAUGGCUGACGCGGCAAGCACACUGGCAGACUCCAACAAUGGUGUCCAUGUCAUGGUUGGUGGUCUGGCUUUCCAGAUCGUCAGCAUGACAUUUUUCAUGAUUUUGGUCGCCAGCUUCUUCGUCAGAGUGCGCAAGGACCUGAUCCGACAACGUGCCACAAACUGGGCGGCUGGAAAGAUUGACCCUCCAAGCAAACACGUCAGGGGGUACAAGGUUUUUGUCUGGAUGUUCACAGUGGCAUUCUUCUUCAUCCUGAUCCGCUCUUGUUUCCGUGUAGCAGAACUCGCACAUGGUUUCCAAGGCAAGCUCGCCAACGAAGAAAUCCCGUUCAUGAUCCUUGAGGGGGGCAUGAUGAUCGGCGCCAUUAUCCUGAUGACCAUAUUCCAUCCUGGAUGCUAUAUUGGCAAGGACUGGAAGAAGAGGAAGCCCGAGUCAAUGGAGACAAUUGAGGAACGCAAGUUCUCACUCGGCAAUGGCAGCAUCAAUAAUGGCAGCGGAUACUACCCUAACGGCCGCCCCACAGCCGCAGCUUUCAAUCCGGCGGUGACCUCAAACCAGUGGCCGAUGCACGACGUGCGACUACAGUAG